AUGACCGGCAAGGCGAAGCCAAAGAAGCACACGGCGAAGGAGCUCCAAGCAAAGGCCGAUGCUGCGUUGACCAAUAGAGGCGGAGGUAAAGCUGGUCUCGCCGACAGAACCGGUAAGGAAAAAGGUGGUCACGCCAAGUACGAGUGUCCUCACUGCAAAAUCACUGCACCGGAUCUCAAAACUAUGCAGAUCCAUCACGAAUCGAAGCAUCCAAAGAUGCCUUACGAAGAGCCUAGGAAUCUCCACGAGGCUUUAGCUGCUCCUGCUGAAUCCUCCAAACCCAAACCUGGAAUCAGAGGAAGCCUCAAGAAAUAA